GAUACGGAUGUUUUGUGUAAAUUGACUUACAUUUUAAAUCGUGUCUCAUAUUAUAACUUAAAGAAUACAACACAUAAAAAAUAACUUACAAAAAAUAUCUUAAUACAGUAAUUAUUUUGAAAUGAAUGUAUUUAAUAAUUUGCUUUUGAAGUAGCCAGCGAUGUACAGUAUAGCCAAGCUAAUAUACAACAAUCGACAAAAAACGAUGACAAACUCACGUCAGAUAUGCGAAAUGGUAUUUUAAAUAAAUACAACAAUAAAAGCAUAAAAAGAUGAUUGGGAACUCAUUUCAUUGGGAACAAUGAAAACUUUAUUUAUAAUUCAUACAUGCCUCAGUUUCAACAGCCAAACAUUACCUCAAGUAUCAAAAAUACCGACAUUUUGAUUUGGGAAUCAGAAUGUUACAGCACGAGGAGCCGGUAUCGGAAGUUUGGAUAUAUUGUAUGGAUUCGCCCAUCAUUAAUUACAUUCGGAUCUGUCGGAGCAGCGCUGAUCAGUGGUAGAGAGUGACGUUAAAUGUACGUAUUUGUAUGUUUACAUUAUCUUCCAAUAAAACAAAAAUUAUUAUUCAUAAUUAGUACAGUACUGAGUUGUCACUCGAUGCCAAGCUAACGUACUGAGAUCUACAUCACCUGAGGAAAUAAGUAACACGAAGUUUAAAACCUAGAAAGUCACCGGUUGGGAGAGAGAAGGAUGUCAUCUUUAAAUUCAUUUUACACAACUAUCCACACUGUUGGCAAUUUAAGCCAAACUGCCAGUUUAAUCCAGCUGGAGUGUGUUGAAAUGACUGAAAAUGAACAUGAUCGGACUGUGGAGGGAUACAUCCAGCUCCAGAACAUCGUCCAAGACCACACAGGGGUCCAGUAUGAGCAUCCAAAUGUUAGAGCUCACCCUGCAGCAGAGGUUGAAAAAUAUCCUACAGCAUCCUUUGUCAUCAACGUGGAUGAUCAUCACCAUCAGACAAUGUUGCCAGGAGAACAAACACCAGGUACCUAUGGAGAGGUCCCUGACUAUGUUCUGGCAAAACUCCAGAUGGAAAAUACGAACGUCCAUGAAUCCUCCGCAAGCUGCAAAUAUUCCCUGAGGCCACGCAGAUCAUCAGCUCGGGUUUGCUUGGAGAAAAAGUUUAAUGCCUUGCUUAGUGGCACCACAGUAUCUUCUAAUAGUUCCGUGACACUGGACCAGAAAGAGGAGCAAGAGGCUUUCAUCUUACUUCCAAUGCAGGACUGGACGACCUCAGACGACCUGAGAGACAGUGUGGGAAUCCCCAAUGAAUUUUCACUGAAUUUCCACCCAGAGUUGGUUAUUAAAAAUACUCAAAGUGCCAGCUUCAGGAAGUCACAAGAGAAUAUAGCAUGUGCUGCAUCUACAACGUAUGACUGCCGUUCUCAAACGGCUGCAGCGUCUGGAAGCACCACCAGGAAGACACCUGCCAGACUGUCUAUACUGCCGUCAGGCCAGCAACAAGAGAGAAGAGAGAGGCACAACAACAAUGAGAGGCUACGCAGGAAGAAGAUUCGUAUGUUGUGUAACGAGUUGAAUGCUUUGGUGCCGCUGUGUACACCAGAUACUGACACAGUCAACACACUACAGAAGACCUGUAACUUCCUGAGAUACAUCAGGACCACCUAUGGGAAUAUCUUCCAAAUGAACUUUGGAAGUCAGAACCAGAUGUUUACUAGUAAACAGCCGAGUUCCUGUGAAGGACCAACAGACCAACAGAUGAGUGUUCCACAUAUAAUCGAACAAUGACUUUCUCCAAAUAGUUAUGAGUUAUUGGAGUCAAACAGUUAACAAGUUAGAUAAAAUAUGUAGUUGUGAAUUUUGAAGCAGUGGCUUAGCAAGUAUUCCUACCCGUUGGAUUGGUUUGAUUUUACAGUUUAUAUUUCAUAUUGCUCUAAAACGCACGUUGUUCAGUCCAUAUGUAGAGAGCAGUAACAUUUUUACUGAAAAGUGGCUUUAUUUGUUCUUUCUUACAACAUGUCGCCGUGUCAUCUUAUUGUACAUACAACAGUUACCCACAAAUAAUAAAUAGUAUGAAAUUGUUUUAUGUAAUAGUUACAGCACCUUUAGCACAUAGUGGAUGUGGUCAUUGCAGAAUUCAAUCUUAAAAAAAAGGAAAAAGAACUGUACCUUAACUGUUAUUGAAUUUAUUUUACAAUGUAUUGAUUUCUUCAUCCACAUGUUUUAUUUGGCAUUCGAUUCUAGAGAUUCAACUGUUAUCAAGUAAGAACAUAAACAACUAAAAAAAAAAAAAAGACAAAAGGUUUCAGCUUGCUUCCAUUAAUCUACACAAAUAUUUUCUGGCCACCUGCUUGUUUGUCCUUUAUUUUUGAUUGUACAUACUCUGCUGUUUUACAGAGGCCCACUGCACCUGUUUGCAUGUUUAACACAGAAGUUUCUAUGCUGAGGUAACACCUGGGUGCUACGUCUGUGGGCCAUGCUGCAUGCACACAAUUGUUGUCAGAGUAGACCAUGAUGGUCAUUAGUAAUGGGGGCAAGGACAACAUGUAUAAGGUUUUUAUACAUAUAUAACUUUCAUCAUCUUUCAUUUUUCCACUUUUUUGAAAUCUGAAAGUCCUGGGUGGAAUCCUGAUGUCUGGUCUUUUUUUCCCCCCCUUGCAUCCACCUUUUAUAUGGACGGCGUCUUGAUUUUUGUUGCUGUUAGUCACAUCACGUCUUUGAUAUUCCUCUCAAAAUGUCACACCUGCUGAUGUUUCCCUUCCAUCUUGUGAUAAGCAUAUUCAUAAAAAAGAGGGCAUUUCUGCGACCACUCUUGUCUUUAAUUCCAUCCUUUGUUUUUUUUUUUUCACCUUUUGUUGUUGGCGUGGAUGGCGACAGGUGGCAGGAAGUGAUGUUUAAUGGUUUUUGGGGUUGGAUGAUUUCCCAGCAACCGAUGCUCCUUGACAGGCUGUUGUAUCGCAGAGUCCAGGAGGUCCUUGGUGCCCAGUUCUACCCACCCUGCCGUGUUCGCCAGACUCACCUGGAUCACCUGGUGAUCCAUCACGGCCAUCUUUAACAAUUCCUGGCACUCCUGGAAGACCUGUGGGCAGCACACAGACAUUGUCAUAUACAAGUAUUUAUGUAUUUAAAGGGGAACUGGACUUUUGGGGGAAUUUUGCCCAUCAUCCGCAAUCCUGAUGCGAAACAUGAACACAUAUUUCUUUCUGUCACCUUAACUUGUUUCCUGGAGUUACAAUGCACUGAAAAGGGAAAGAAAUGUGUCUUCAUGUUUCACGUAAGGAUUGUGAAUGAUGGGCAAAAUGUAUUUAUCACUUUAAUACUCACAUCUUUGUAAUUAA